GCUCGGAAUCAUGUGGCCUUCGACAGGUUACGGAGAGAGAUUCAAAAAGUAGCCUCCACUUAUAUACUUAGCAGAAGUAGUAGUAUAAAGCAUAGAAGAAGCUUUUCUUUUGCACAGAGGGACUGUGUGUGAGAGAGAGAAAAGUGAAGAAGGAUUUCAAUGAGCAUGGCCAACGCUGAACUGUAGUGUUGAAGAGAGAGAAAAAGGUUCUGAGAGCCUCGAAGGAUCUGAUUUAAUAGACAUACAGAUGAAUUUUUUAUAAGUGUUUCGUAUUUCCGAAGAUUUUUUGUAUAUGGUGGACGGAUAAAAUUCGAUUUUAAGAGAAGUUUUAGUGAUCGCCAUGGCGGCAGUGGAAGGUGCAUUUUCUUUUUCAGCGGCGUCAGUAGUCGAGGAUGUUCUGCAACAGCACGGAAACGGAUCCCGAGAUCUCGAUUUGGACGCUCGAAGAGCUGAGGAAGCUGCCAUGAGAAGAUAUGAAGCUGCAGCGUGGUUGAGAAAAAUUGUUGGAGUGGUAGGCGCAAAAGACUUACCUGCUGAACCUUCUGAGGAAGAAUUUCGGCUUGGUUUGAGAAGUGGGAUUAUCCUAUGUAAUGUAGUCAACAAAAUUCAACCUGGAGCUGUACAAAAGGUUGUUGAAAGUCCCUGCGAUGCUGCUCUUAUACCUGAUGGUGCUGCAUUAUCUGCUUACCAAUACUUUGAAAACGUGCGAAAUUUUCUAGUAGCCAUACAAGAGUUAGGGAUUCCUACAUUUGAGGCGUCUGAUCUCGAACAAGGAGGGAAAUCUUCAAGGAUCGUAAAUUGUGUUUUGGCACUUAAAUCAUACAGUGAGCAUAAACUGGCAGGAGGUAAUGGGGUCUGGAAAUUUGGUGGAAAUGCGAAAACUACUGCAUCUGGAAAACAAUUUGUUCGCAAGAAUUCUGAGCCAUUCACAAGUUCUUUGACAAGGACUCUCUCAGCAAAUGAGAAAUCUUUAAAUGGUGUCUUUCCUGAAUUGGAAUCUAACAAAAUGUCUAGUACUUCUUUAAGUAUGCUUGUCCGUGCAAUUUUAUUAGAUAAGAAGCCCGAAGAAGUUCCAAAUCUUGUAGAGUCUGUAUUAAGUAAGGUUGUCGAGGAGUUUGAGCAUCGCAUUGCAAGCCAAAUUGAAUUGAGAAAAGCAACUUCAAAUGAUUUAAAUGUUUCCCAUGGGAGCAAAUCUGUAUUGAAACCUUCUUCAUUCAACAUGAAGAUCGAUAAUAAGAAGGGCUCCCUCCUGAAGAAAGAUGACGUAACUUGUAAGAACUACAUUACUGAUGAAGAAUCUGAAAGAAGAUUUGUGAAGCAACAAAUGAUAGUGUACCAACAACAAAAAGAUAUCAAGGAAUUGAAGCAAACUCUUUCUACUACAAAAGCUGGUAUGCAAUUCAUGCAAAUGAAGUUCCAUGAAGAAAUUCAUAAUAUUGGCCACCACAUUCAUGGACUUGCUCAUGCUGCUUCUGGAUACCAAAAAGUUCUUGAGGAAAACCGCAAGCUCUAUAAUCAAGUCCAGGACCUAAAGGGAAACAUUAGAGUUUAUUGUCGCGUAAGACCAUUCCUUCCAGGGCAAUUGAAUUACUUUAGCACUGUGGAUCACAUUGAAGAAGGAAAUAUUACGAUAAGUACUCCAGCAAAGAAUGGAAAAGGAUACAAAUCCUUCACUUUUAACAAAGUAUUUGGGCCUUCUUCUACACAAGAGGAGGUUUUCUCGGAUACCCAACCAUUGAUUAGAUCAGUCCUUGAUGGUUACAAUGUGUGCAUAUUUGCUUAUGGUCAGACAGGAUCAGGAAAAACUUACACUAUGACUGGACCUAAGGAUAUUAAUCAGCAUACCCAAGGAGUAAAUUACAGGGCCUUAGGUGAUUUGUUCCUCCUUGCACAACAAAGAAAGGACACAUUCCGCUAUGACGUGUCUGUCCAGAUGAUCGAGAUAUAUAACGAACAAGUUAGAGAUCUUCUUGUUACUGAUGGCUUGAAUAAAAGAUUAGAAAUUCGUCAUAGUUCUCAAUCGGGACUCAGUGUACCAGAUGCAAGUUUGGUUCACGUCUCUUCUACAGCUGACGUAAUUGACCUUAUGAACCUUGGACAAAGGAAUCGUGCAGUGGGUGCAACUGCCCUAAAUGAUCGUAGUAGUCGCUCUCACAGUUGCUUAACUGUUCAUGUCCAAGGAAGAGAUUUGACCACUGGAGCCGUUCUCCGAGGUUGCAUGCAUCUAGUUGAUCUGGCCGGAAGUGAGAGGGUCGACAAAUCUGAAGCGACAGGAGAUAGACUAAAAGAGGCACAGCACAUAAAUAAAUCUCUCUCUGCAUUGGGCGAUGUGAUCGCCUCUCUUGCCCAAAAGAAUUCGCAUGUACCCUAUAGAAACAGUAAACUCACACAACUCCUCCAAGAUUCACUUGGGGGACAGGCAAAGACACUUAUGUUUGUUCAUAUAAGCCCUGAGCCUGAUGCUGUAGGAGAAACAAUUAGCACACUCAAAUUUGCUGAGCGUGUUGCUACUGUUGAACUUGGCGCUGCACGAGUAAAUAAGGAUUCGACAGAUGUUAAAGAGCUGAAAGAAGAGAUUGCCAGUCUGAAGGCUGCCUUAUCAAGGAAAGGAGAACCAUUAUCCAUGCAGCAAUCAUCUUUUCAAUCUAAUUUACAAGCUAGAAAUGUGAGCAUGCAGUCACCUAAUGGCCUCAGGAAAGCAAUGGAAGAUGUAGGGAACAUAGAGGUCCACAGCAAUUCUGCACAGAGGCAAAGCUUUGAUCUUGAUGAGCUACUUGGGAAUUCACCUCCCUGGCCGCCAGUAAGCAGUCCUCGUCAAAACUCCGGGGAAGAUGACAGAGAGACCAUCAUCGUUCGUAUAUAUGGAAAUGUAGCAACUAUUCCAGUUGCGUGUAUUGAUAUCAUGUGA